ACAUAGAUACUAAAAGAUCGACUGAAGAUAGAAAAAGGGAGUUAAAGUCAGACAGAGAUUGACAUACAGAGUAAAAAACAAAAACAAACAAACAAAGUGUUUGAUAACAGGAAAGAUAGGGGGAGGGAGAGAAGUGUUUUAUUUGUGAUGUUUUUAAAGAGGUCUUUUGACUGAUCAGCUGUGGGUGUGGCUUUUGGUGUUGGAUAUUGUCAUCAAAGUUUUCCCCUCAGACUUCUGGAGCAAGAAAGAAGUAUAGACUGAUUAUGUAUGUGUUAGUAAGAGAGAGAGAGAAGGGAGAGUUGUAUUUGUGGACAAGCUUAUUGUAAAAGUGAGCGUGCAUGAAUGUGGAUGUGCGUGUUUCAAUGUAUGAAAGGGUAGAUGAAUGAAGAGUUGGAUGCACACAAAGACAUGCACUCCCUGAUUUGUCAGACACACCCUGAAGAUUAUUAGUGAAGAACACCAGGAGCAAGGGAUUCCCUUAAAGUGAAAGAGAGAGAGCGCGAGAGAGAGAGAGAGAGAGACAAAAGAAAGAGAGAAGGAUGAGGUACCGCCGCAGGGACUUUGGAGAAGGUGGUGUAAGGUUAGUCAUGGAGAGCACUCUCUCUGCAAGAGAUCGGGUCGGUGUACAAGACUUCUUGUUCUUGGAGAAUUACAACAGCGAAGCAGCCUUCAUUGAAAACCUGCGGAGACGGUACAGAGAGGGCCUCAUAUAUACGUAUAUUGGAUCAGUGUUGGUGUCCGUGAAUCCUUACAGAGAAUUGAAGAUUUACUCCAAACAGAACAUGGAGCGCCACAGAGGAGUCAAUUUCUAUGAGAUCUCACCUCAUAUUUUUGCCCUGGCGGAUAAUUCAUACCGUGCGCUGCGGACUGAGAGAAGAGAUCAGUGUAUUCUGAUUUCAGGAGAGAGUGGUGCUGGAAAAACUGAGGCCUCCAAAAAAAUUCUGCAGUACUUCACACACAUCUGUCCCACCCGCAACAACUCAAACACUAUUAGAGAGAGACUUUUGCAGUCCAACCCAGUACUGGAGGCUUUUGGGAAUGCCAAAACUCUUCGGAAUGACAACUCUAGUCGUUUUGGGAAAUACAUGGACAUUCAGUUUGACUAUAAGGGUGCUCCAAUUGGAGGUCACAUUCUUAGCUACCUGCUAGAGAAAUCCCGAGUGGCCCAUCAGAACCACGGCGAGAGAAACUUCCACAUCUUCUAUCAGCUACUGGAGGGUGGAGAGGACCCUCUUUUAAAGAGACUUGGUUUGGAGGAAACUAACCCACAACACUAUCAUUACCUAGUUAAGGGUAACUGUCCACGGGUGAGUGCUAUCAAUGACAAGAAUGGUUGGAAAGUUGUUAGAAAUGCUCUUACCAUCAUUGGCUUUUAUGAGGAUGAGAUACAGGAACUGAUGGAGAUUGUGGCCAGUGUUCUACAUCUGGGUAACACACAAUUUGGUGAGGAUGAGGUGGGAGAGACACAUGUCACCACUGAGCCUCAACUUAAAUAUCUGUCCCAGCUGCUGGGUGUGGAUGGGUCAAUUCUGAAAGAAGCUCUUACACACAAGAAAAUAGUUGCCAAAGGGGAGGAGAUGAUCAGUCCCUUUACUUUGGAACAGGCUCUCUCUGCCCGGGACUCAUUGGCCAAAGCCAUAUAUGGUCGUGCCUUUACCUGGCUUGUCCAGAAGUUAAACCAAUCAUUGGCCUUUAAGGAUGAGGUCUACUACUCCAGCAAAUGUUCUUCUGUUAUUGGUUUGUUGGACAUAUAUGGAUUUGAGGUCUUUCAACACAACAGUUUUGAGCAGUUUUGUAUUAAUUACUGCAAUGAGAAACUGCAGCAACUGUUUAUUGAGCUCACACUGAAAAGUGAACAGGAGGAGUACGAGGCUGAAGGCAUUGUGUGGGAGAAAGUGGAAUAUUUCAACAACAAAAUCAUCUGUGACCUGGUGGAGGAGAAACAUAAAGGCAUCAUUGCCAUUCUGGAUGAGGAGUGCUUAAGACCAGGAGAUGCCAGUGACAUCACCUUUCUGGAGAAGCUGGAGGACACACUGGGGGCCCAUGCCCAUUUUGUCACUCAUAAAGUGGCCAAUGGGAAGAUUCGCAAGGCAAUUGGGCGUGAGGAAUUUAGGCUGGUUCACUAUGCUGGAGAGGUCAACUACAAUGUUAGUGGGUUUCUCGACAAAAAUAGUGACCUGCUGUACAGACACCUGAAGGAGGUCAUGUGUCGGUCGGGAAAUCACAUCAUGAGUCAGUGUUUCCAUGUGAAUGAAUUGAUAGAUCAGAGAAGACCAGAGACGGCUGCCACACAGUUUAAGCUCAGUUUGGCUAAACUGAUGGAGAUUCUGAUGUCUAAGGAACCAGCAUAUGUCCGCUGUAUAAAGCCCAAUGAUGCCAAACAGCCAGGUAGGUUUGAUGAGGUUUUGGUCAGGCAUCAGGUGAAGUAUUUGGGUUUGAUGGAGAAUCUGAGAGUGAGGAGAGCUGGAUUUGCAUACAGGAGAAACUAUGAGGCAUUCUUAGAGAGGUAUAAGUCUCUGUGUCCAGACACUUGGCCAAACUGGCAUGGAAAACUGUCAGAGGGAGUCACCACUCUGGUAAAACACCUCAACUACAAACCUGAGGAAUUCAAACUGGGCAGGUCCAAAAUCUUUAUCCGCUUCCCACGGACUCUGUUUGUGACUGAGGAUGCACUUGAGGCCCAGAAACAAACAAUCGCCGUAACUCUGCAAACUUCUUGGCGGGGCUACAGGGAGCGAGCCAAGUACCACCUCAUUCGACAAGCAGUAAUUGUUAUCCAGUCAUGGUGGAGAGGGGUCAAAGGACGCAGGAAAGCCCAGCGUCGUAGACAAGCAGCCGACACUAUUCGCAAGUUCAUCAAAGGCUUCAUCCUGCGUAAUGAACCGCGUUGCCCUGACAACGAGUACUUCCUGGACCACGUGCGCUUCUCUUUCUUGAUGAAAGUGAAACGGAAUCUGCCAAAGAGUGUGCUCGACAAGAGCUGGCCAAGACCACCUCCUUCAAUCACUGAGGCGUCUGAGCACCUUCACAGAAUCUGCAUGCACAAUCUAGUCAAGGACUACUGCAGGAAAAUCCAGCCAGAGUGGAAGAAUCAGUUGGAACAGAAGGUUGUUUCCAGUGCGAUCUUUAGGGGUCAGAAAGACUGCUACCCUCAAAGUGUUCCCAAACUUUUCGUAGCCACUAGGCUAGAGACUGAAGAGAUAAACCUCAAAGUACUGCAAACUCUUGGGAAUGACAAGGUGAAGUAUGGUGUAGCAGUCACUAAGUAUGAUCGUCAUGGUUUCCGGGCACGUGUGCGUCAGCUGCUGUUGACCACCUCAGCUGCUGUGCUGGUCCAGGAUGCAAAAAUCAAACAACGCAUCGACUACAGUGCAUUGCUGGGUAUCUCUGUUAGUUCCCUCAGCGACGGGUUCUUUGUUUUGCAUAUUCCCACAGCUGACAGUAAACAGAAGGGUGACCUGGUGCUACAAUGUGAUCAUGUGAUUGAGACCGUCACUAAGCUGGCUAUCAUGACGGACAAGAUACACAUAGUCAACAUCAGUCAGGACAGUAUCAGGUUUGCCAUCGCCAGGGGAAAGGAGGGAGUGAUAGAUUUCACCAGUGGUUCAGAUCUGCGUGUGAUCAAGACCAAGAAUGGACACCUGUCUGUGACUAGCCCACGAAUCUCAUGAUCAGUCAAUGAGAGCUCACCUGCAGGAGGGGUCUGUAGCAGUGGACUAUAAUUUCACAGGAGUGCUUUAGCCAAUCACUACACAGAGCCACACACUACACAGCCAGAUUACACUUUUUAUGCAUAGGUUAAAUCCAAAGCCACAUAUCAGUAAGUAGAUACACUGCCUGGCCAAAAAGUUGCAUGCUCUUAUAUUUUGUUGGACUGCCUUUAGCUUUGAUUACGGUGCACAUUCGUCGUGGCAUUGUUUCGAUGACCUUAUUCGAGGUCACAACAUUUAUUUCUGUCCAGAGUUGCAUUUAUUUUUGGCUGAAAUCUUGUAAUGAUGAUGGGAGAGUCAAACCACUCUGUAAAGUCUUCUCCAGACCAUCUCAAAGACUUUCAAUGGAGUUAAGGUCAGGAAUCUGUGGUGGCCAAUUCAUGUGUGAAAAUGAUUCCUCAUGCUCCCUGAACCACUCUUUCACAAUUUGUGCCCGAUGAAUCUUGGCAUUGUCAUCCUGAAAUAUGCCUGUGUCAUAAGGGAGGAAAAAAUCCAUUGAUGGGAUAACCUGGUCAUUUAGUACAUUCAGGUACUCAGCUGAAUUCAUUUUAUUGCCACAUAACUUUGUUGAGCCUAGACCUGACCAAUUGAAGCAACCCCAGAUCAUAACACUGCCUCCAGAGGCUUAUACAGUGGGCACUAUGCAUGAUGGGUGCAUCGCUUCAUGCGCUUCCCUUCUUACCCUUCCCUUCUCUCCCUUCUUGCCCAUUGCUUUGGAAGACGAUAAAUCUGGACUCAUCAGACCUUUUUCCAUUGCUCCACAGUCCAAUCUUUAUGCUCUCUAGCAAAUUGAAGUAGUUUUUUCCAAUUAGCCUCACUAAAAAGUGGCUAUUGUGUGGUUACACAGCUGUUUAGUCCCAAUCCUGUAAUUUCUUGUCGCAUUGUGCGUGUGGAAAUGCUCUUACUUCCACUAUUAAACAUAGCUGUGAUUUACUGUCGAUUUGUUUUGCGUUUUAGUGAUCUCCAAUCACGAUCAUUCAAGAUUUUUUCCCGACCACAUUUCUUCCGCGAAGCUGAUGGUUCACCACUAUCCUUCCAGGUUUUAAUAAUGCGUUGGACAGUUCUUAACCCAAUUCCAUUGAUUUCAGCAGUCUCCUUAGUUGUUUUCUUUGCUUGAUGCAGGCCAAUAUUUUGUCCCUUCUGAAAUACAGUAACAUCUUUUCCACAAUCACAGGAUACGUCUUCCGACAUGGUUGUUUAAGAAAUGAGAAGCUACACACUGCAUCAGUUAGGGUUAAUAGAAUUGUUGCCAGCUGAAACAUAUGAGUCACUGCAAUAAUGAUCCAGUCAUAGGCUCUUAAGUAUCUGCUUAUUUAAAUCCAAAUGGCGAUUUUUUUUUUUUUUUUUUGGCCAGGCAGUGUAUUAAAAUGCAUUUUAAAACACUAAAUUUUAAUACUGAACUUUUAAUAAGAUUUUGGUAACAUUUUAAUGACUUUGUGAGCAAUUAAUUCAAAUUAAUAAUCAAAUUAAUUUGUUUUAUUUUAUGUCAUAAUUGUUUUUUAUUAAUGAAUUAUUUAGUUAAUCUUGCAAGAUUUACAAUAACAAUAGCUGACACAGUGCUCUACAUUCUACUGUAUUAAAAAAAUUGAAACACUCAAAUUUUCAAAGUAUUUUUGAGUAAUUUGAAAAAAGGAUUUUGAUUUUUAGUAUUGAAUCCAAUGGCCAAUAAGCAGUAUGAAAGCCUGUUAUGCAGAGAGGAUAGUGAUUUGCUUCAUAUUCUCUCUAAAAUGUUGGACAUACGCCAAAAAACUACUGUUUCAAGAAGUGUUUUGAAACAGAGAUCGAUUACAACAUGUCUUAAUCCAGGUUGCAUUAAGUGCGUUCAUGAUUUCAUUUUGUCUGUUGUCUUAAAUAACUUUAUGCACACACACCCACACACACUGCAAUUGCUUCUCAAUACUUUUAUUCAUUGCUCAUGAUUCAGAUUAUACAAAACAUAAUAUUUCACAUUUGCACUGCCUUUAAUUCUUUAUGAAAAAUAAAUAUUGCAUGAAACAACUUGGCACACAUAUCACAUAAAUAAAAUAAAUAUUUUAAUAAAUAAUAAGAGGUGGAAAGUACAGGGGAAAGACAACAAAAAAUUCUGUCAUCUGAUUGGCUAUCAGUGGCGGAGGGAAGUGGGGUGUUUGGGGAAUUUUAAUAUUCGAGAAUGGCUGACUAACUUCUUUUGUUGUUAUUUUUGUAAAAAAAUAAUAAUAAUAAUGACUACUGUUUAAAGUGCUCAUAAUUUUCAAAUACAGUCCCAUUAAUGAAAAAAAAUAUAUAAUAAUAUUAUGACAUAUAAUAAAUUAUUGGUCAAGUAAUAGUGCUUUGGCAAUAAAGAUAACUUGCAGUUAAUAAAAAAAAAAAAAAAAAACAA